CAAGCGAGGAGACAGAAAUGGCGGGUCUAGUGGAAGGUGUUGAGUAUGGUCUGUUAUCGCAGGGCAAUUUUCAUGAAAAUAAGUCGUUGAUAUUUGUGAAACUUACGGAUUCUGCCUACCGUGCUAUAGAAGACUUCUUGAGGAAUAAGAAUAAGACCAGCCAGCAUCCCACGAUACAGUUCCUAGGAAAUGAAGGGCACCUGUCAUUUCCAUCAUCUGAAUCCAGCAAUGGGCAAGCUGGUUUCAACUUCUGCCUUUCUAGCACCGCAGAUACUGAGGGGCCUCAGGGAAGUUUUGAGUGCAUCCAGCAAACAGUCUCAAAGUCCCUGGAGUCCCUGGGUGCACUGCAGUGCAAGAUGCGAAUCCAGGCCAAUGAUGAUGUGUAUGAAACCACAUUACACAGGUUGGCUGCAGCAGACACAAGAGAAAUCAAACCUGGUGGACCUGGUAUAGGCGUUAAGGUCAAAGUAAAGAAUCCGGUGCUUCCUCUCAGACGAGACCGCAAUCCCGCAAAUUCCCUUGGGUCUUCAGCAACACAACUAAAGCAUAAUUAUCCACCCAAACCAUCAAGUAAUGGUUAUGUGUCAUCAUCUCAUCAUGGUAUUCUUAAUGGAAACUUUGCGCCAAACUUGGCACACACGAAGCCUCAGGGCAACAACAAUGCCCAGAAACCUGGAAACCCUGAUAUCAUGAGGCGACCACUCAGGGAGAGAUUAAUCCAUCUUCUAGCUGUGAGGCCAUACAAAAAGCCAGAAUUGUAUGAUAGGAUUAACAAAGAUGGUUUGCGGGAGAGGGAUAAGAACAAUUUGACGUCUAUCCUAAUGCAGGUAGCUGUCAUGCGGGACAAUACAUACCAGCUCAUCCGCCAUGUAUGGAAUGAUGUUCAAGAGGAUUGGCCAUUCUAUUCAGAACAGGAGAAGCAGUUACUAAAGCGACGUAAACCACAGAACCUGACUCCGCCGGGAAGUAGUGAUGGUGGCAGUUCGGGUAGUGGGCAGUCUCCCACGAGCACGCACCCAGGUAGUCCUCCUUCAACUAUCUCCUCCUCAUCCAACAUGAAGAGGCCAGGUUACAUCGAUGGUGCAGACGGUCUGCCAACAAAGCGCAAGCGCAUCUCUCACUACCGCAACAAACCAACAGAACAAGCACCUGUCACAUCCAGGCUACCAGACUCAAGCCAGCAGCAACACAGCGCACCUGCAGAUUCGUCAUCACGAUCUGAUGAGUUUUGUCGGAAUAAGGACCGGGACAAAAGCAGGGAUAUCAUGAAUACGAACCCACGUAGCAGAGAGAAUGGUGGCAGUAGAGCUAGUUGUGGUGGCAGUGAGGCGUUGCUAAGGAAUAAUGGAUACAACAGUCAUAAUAACUCACUAGUGUCAUCAGCUGUGAAUGGAAAGUGGAGCAGUGGGCCAGAGAACGAGGAAAAUUAUGACAGACGAAGUGGUAUUAGUGCUCAAGGGGGCUAUGAUAAAAGUGCAGUGGCCAACAAGGCUCAUUGUGAAUCAGUGGCAUCUAAUUCAUAUGGUGGGAGUGGUGUUAUUGGUGGCACUAGAGUGACAUCUGCAUCAGUAGAUGAUUCCUCUGGUUUUUGGAAUAGGCCAACAGAGAAUGGAGUGCUCAGUCAAUCGACAAGCAACCGAGGUCAUGGUGGUCAUCAUGACAACCGUAGUAAUAGAUGGACAACUCAGGUUUCUUCAACAACUCAGAAUAGUUCUGCCAGUGGUUCCAGUCCUGAGUGUCAGUUGGAGAAUAUGGACACAGGAUGUGAGAAAGAGGCUAAGGAGAAGACUUCUGCGGGCAGCAGUUCCGAGUAUCCAGAGUAUCUUCUGCAUUAUAGUUCAAUACGUGAUAGUGAGCAACGCAGACAAUAUAAAGCUGACUUUACUGCAGACUACAGUGAGUACAGGGACCUCCAUGCUGAGGUGGAGAAAGUGUCAAAACGGUUUGCCCCUGCCUGGAAGGACAUCAAGAACCAAAUAGUUCAAGAGUACCUGGAAAACAAGCGUGAUAUCAAGUUCCAGGAGGCGAAACGUAGGUUUCAGUACUUGCACGAGAAGUUGUCACAUAUAAAGCGCUUGGUGCUGGAGUAUGAUUCUGCAGGUGCCUCAGGUGGCGAGCAUUACUGACCCUGGCCUCCCCUGGCUCCGAACCCGGUGCCACCACUACUUUCCUUGCUGCCUGCUGCCACCCCUCUCUGCCAACGACAACUUCAAGCCAGAAGACAAAAAAGAAAUCUCGGGGGUUGAGUUUUAUUAUGGAAUUCAUUAUCGCACUCGCUCAUCCUCACCACCAACCUAAACAUCACCACUGCCACCCCCUGCCACAACCAUAACAAAUUAGUGAUUGUACCGAGUAAUAGCUGAUGGUCUUCUUUCUUCUUCUGUGACAUGUGAGCCAUAUGACCUUUACUUGUUCUGUGUUAUUGUAAAUGCCAAGUUUUGUUUGUUACAUUAUGCUUAAAAUGAAAGGAAAUGUAAAUGGCUCAUUGCAAAAUACUUUUGAAAGUGAGCAGUGGGUAGCUUAUCUUCACAUAAAAUUAAUUUUCCUUUUGGGGUGGAGAGGUCCACAAGUGAGUUGAGUAUACAUUUACAUGUGGCCCUUCCUGCUUGCUUAAUCACUAGUCAUUUUGGUGUACAUAUUAUUAAUGAAACAUUGUGUACACAUCAAUAUCCCAUGUAUCUAGUAUUUAUUGAGUUCUGUUUAAGCUAUUACAUUCUUACAAGAAAUCUUUAUAAAUUGUGCUUGCAAUAAUUAGAUUCUUGUAGUUUGGGCACAGACAGCUGUGUAAUAUACAACUUCAAAUUAAUUGUAAUUUGCACUUCAGGAAGUGGAGAACUGGAAAUGGGAUGUGUAGAUUUGAUAAAUUUAUUUAUUUGAAAGUGUAAUGCUGAUUCUGUCCAUUAAGGGACUAAUGUUGGAUUUGGAUCCAAGUACUUUAUCACAGUUAAAUUAACGUAUGACUUGUGGAUUCAGUUUUAUCAUCACUGUUUUAUGUUUUCCUUUCCAUUGUUUCCUUUCAUUUUGGGCUCUGUAUACUCACUUGUGACUAAACUCUGUGCGAUUUUUGUUGUGUCAUUUCUCUUCAGUAUAAUUGUUUUUAGUUGUGUUGGCAUUCCAUACUCUGCUAGACUAUGUGUUUGCACCAGUUAUGUUGUUUUUCCCUUCUAUAAUAUUUUACCGAAUAUUGCCAUGACAUAGGUCUCUGUUCUGAACAUACCAGUGCAAGCAACCCUGAAGUUAAUGGAGAGGAGGCAUGGGUAUUUUGCUACAUUGUGGCCUGCAAAUCAGUGAGAAUUAUAGACACUUGGUGAGAUUAAAAUGCUCGUGCCAGCCUCGCUCUCUUCCUGCUGUCGAAGUUGUGAUUUUCUCUGUUUUAGCAUAUUGCAGCAGGCAAUCUUACCAUCACCAGAAUUACUUAGGGAAGUUCUUCUAGUAGCUUAGUUUGGAAGAAGGGGCUGAUUGAGCCAGACACAGCCAAUUAUUAAAUUAUGCGUAGUCAUGUUAUCAUGACAGGAAGAUAAUUGAUGAAAAUUUAGUUACCAUAUUGCUCCAGUUUUGUAAGAGUCUCUGUAUUUUAGUGCUUCCAAUGUUGUCUUUGAAAAUAAAAAAAAAUGCUUCCAAUGAAAUUAUUUAGUAUCAGUUGCAUUAUGUAUAUAUAAACAUUUUGGGGGAACCGCUUUCCCUUGCCAUUAUCUUCAGUAUGUCUGUUAGAAUAGAGAUUAGCAGAAAUGAUUGGUAUGGGGUCCAUGCACAGUUGCUGUAAUUUCAGUUUCCUCUUGCUAAGCAAGAAAUUUUGAGGAAACUGGUUUUUUGUUUAGUACAUGUGCAUUUGUUUCAUAAUUAUGGAAUUAGUUCAUUACAGGGAUUAGAAUAUAAUGAUGGAAUGUGCAUGACUCCUUGAGGGUGUUACCAACUAGUUGGCAUUGAAAUGUCAUGCCACUUCUGAACGCGCAGCAUUCAAAUUAACAUGUAUGUGAUUUUGUAUAGUCUAGUUUGUUGUGCCUGAAAAUAUUCCCCUUCCUUAUAUGGUGAAAUUAUUUUUUAAAAUUGAAAGAGGUGCCAGUGUCAAUGAAAUUAUAUUCUACAUCCAACAAAUGUAAUUUUGGAUUAUUCCAUUUAGCUGUCCACUGAUCAUGAUUACAAAUACAAGUGGUGAGAAAUAUGUAUCAUUCAUGAAGAUUAUAUAGUCGUCACACUAGCUGUUUAAUUUUAUACCAGCAAAUUCAGCAAAAACUGUAAGGCAUUUUUCCAUGAGUAUGUGUGGUCUUUGGAGGAUGGCACUGAAACCAGAUUGAAAGGAAAUUGUUAAGUUUUGGAAAUUUACAACAAAGAAAUUAAGUUUAAGGAACCGCAACACUGAACAGUAUAUUCUGCAGUUGUUAACUGGGAACCAAAGCUCGGUUUGCAUUGAAUCUUGUGCACACAGCUGUCUAGUGUACCUAGGCAUUUGGGCAUUUUUAGCUUAAAUCUUAUGAAAUGGCAUUACAUGGAUUGGCUGGUUUUAUAUAUAAAUAUAAUUCAUUAGCUACAAGUCAUUUGACUUUCUGCACAUAUUUUGUCGGUUACCUCAACAUCGGACUUACGCACUUUGUUAUCUUUCUAUAGAAAGAUGACACUUAAAAUUACUUAAUGAAGAUGCACUUCUGAUUAAUAUAUUUUCAUAGCAUACUGAUAUGUGGUAUGUGAAAGGUGAAGUGCAAUUCUUGAUUCAGAGGUAGAGAAGUAAUUCAGUUUUAUUUUCUGGGGUUGGUGUACACCCAGAAUAAACAUUGCUUAUUUUGGAAAGGUUUUAUUUAAAUACAUAAUGAAUGGUAGGCAGUGUUCUGCAGCAACGGUGUUAGUUAGAUUUAUCACUCAAUUAUCUCUGGCUGUGUUCUGGACAAAUGUGUGAGUGAAUGAGUGAGGACGUGUGAGUAACUGAAACAAGUGUUGUGAGACCACUUAGAACUACCAUACUAUACAUAUUAUAUUUUUGACUGUGAUGUUUUUUGAUGGAUGCUCAUUCCUGUGGUUAGAUGCCACAUACCUGCAGUAAAUCUUCAACUGAUGCCAGCGCAAGAAAGAAAAAUAUAUCCUGCCAUCGUUGCCAAAAUUUUGGGGGGGAAAGAAUACUGUUAAACAAUGUAUGCAAUUACUGCUAUACAGAGUUAUUGCUUGGUUGUGGAAGAGAUAAUGUCCAGAGGAGUUAUGUUAUCUCAUCUUGUCCAUCUCCUGUUGACAAAGUCUUUCUUCCUAUUUAUAAUAGAGAAGGGAUUGUGAUUCUUUUCUUUUUGCAUUAUGGCAACUGUGCUUACAAUACUGUAUACGUAGAUAAAAUGGAAACGAAUGUUUCCAAUGGCCUCAUUUUACAUCUGUGCCCUGGCCUGAAUACUUGGUGACGACCGGAUUGAUCCCUGACUUAGGCUUUUAAAUAAUUGUCUGUAUAUUGUUUUAUAAAAUUAUCACAUAUAAUAAUAUAAUUUUGUGUUUUUCAUUAUUGUGUUCUGCUAUAUGAAAUUUUGCAAGAGAAAGUAAAAAAAAGAACCUUUUUUUAGUCCGGGGGUUGUGUAAUUACUACAUACUUUAAGUCAACACAUGGGUGUCUGCUCAUCGAUGUGGAGUUGUGAAGCUCAGUGAUUAUGGUGUGAUGACCUUGAGAAAUUACACUCAAUACUGAUGGCAUGAAUGGGCUUGGUGUGAAGUUACAAUUAGUGAUUUGUACACUGUGCAUGUGCAGAAUUAUGAUGAUUAUGAUGAUUCAUUGCUUUUCUUGUUGGAGGUUUAGAUACUGAAGUUGAUACCAGUUCAUGGGACCAUUGAUUUAUGCUUUAUAUGUAAAUGAAAAUGAAGGAAUCAGAUUUUAAUUUAAGGGCUUCAAAUCAGUUAGUUGUUAUCAACUUGAGGAUUCUUUUCAUACUUAUUUUAUACCAAAAUGCAAAUCAUUCUCAGUUCAUUGGUACAUUUAUGUACUAAUAAUUCCCAAACCCCCCCCCCCCCCAAAAAAAAAGUGUCAGACAUGGAAUGUUUAAGAAUACUUAGUAUGUGUAAGGAAGAGGGAAUUCAGUUUUGUGUUGUACUUACAGAUGUGAAAAGAGAUCCAGUGGUAUGGAGUUUUAGGGUAUUUUUUUUUUAUUCUGGUGACUAGCAAUGCAUAUAGAUUGCUAAAAAUCUUAUAUUUUCACAUAAUAAUAGAUUGUGGGUUUGUUUUUGGAGAACUGUAAUGCAUGUAUGAGUAUGUAUUUAUCAACAUGUAUAAUGGGUCAGGUACUUAUAUGGGCCCCCUUUUCUAAUAAUGGAAUUAAAACAAUAACAAAUGUUAUUUUUGGGGUUAUUUUAGAAAACGGAGUGGAGAUUACAUUAUUGAACGCCACCUGUGAAGUUCCUGAUUUUAAAAAAAAAAAUUGGUUUCAGGUGCAGUAUAAUUAUAGCACGUUUAGUCUGUCCAUAGCAGGAUUGAUGUAUCCACAAUGUGACUGAACUACUAGAAAGAAACAUGUGGAAAUUGUAUAUAAUUCCUUCCAAAUUUCGUACAAACCAAAACAAAAAAGACCACAGCAGUUUACAACUCAAAAAUUAAAAAAUAAUUGGGUUUUCAUCAUAAGUUAUAUGAUUCACACAAAAUAUUUAAGGCGUAAACAGAAUUUUUGUCUUGUAAUCAAAGAAUAAUACAUUUCUGUCAUAUUAUCAUAUUUAUCAUACAUAAGCAUUACUAAGCAAUAACAUCAGUGUUUAGCCAGUAAAGUUGACAUUGCACAGGAUGUAUUGAAGGUUGCAGAUUGUUCAUAGGGAGCAUUUUAGGUUGGUGUUAAAAAUGAUCGAAUAUGAAGCGCCAUAUAACUUUGAACAGUUUUGAAAAACAGGAAAUAGAAAAUACUGAUUUUAGUAGAAAUAUGACACUUAGUACCUUCUAGUUACCAGUGAAUAAGUGUGCAGUAAAGAUGUAUAUACGUGAUCUCCGGAGUACAUGUGCUAUUUCACCAAAUAUGACACUUAGUGAAUUUAGUUUUAAAUAGUAUGAGGUCAUGUUAUACAAACGAAUAUAUUGUGUUACGUGCAGUUUAUAGUUGUUAAACUUACAGGUUCUAAGUUCAAAAAUGUUUUGGUUCUUUCUACAUUGUUAAAAUCUGUUACUAGAUUGAAUUUGGAAAUCAUACAAUAUAUGAAUCAUUAUUUUCAUCUUAAAAAUUGUGUUUAUUUCUAAUUGUUCUUCCUCUUGCCAGUGCAUGGUUUUUAGUUGCCUCAGUUAUCUUCCAUCAUUCUGUUGAUGUUGCAGCCUUGAUGGGAAAUAAGGAGCUAAAUCUGAAUGCAAGAUAUAUAUAAAUAGUAUGUAAUAUACCACCCCCUAGUCUACAUGCAUAAGCACAGUGUACAUUGCUUGUUGUUCCCAAGUGGCAAAGUGGAUUGUUACUAUGAGCUGGAUAAUUAAUUUAUUUGAAUGUAAAGGUUUGAUUAUAUGUAUAAACGACUGCUGUAGAUAACAAAUUGUUUCAAGUUUUUGAGCCACACGUUUAUUGUUUUCAAACUACAGGACUGAUAUUGCACAUCAUUGGAUGUGAGUUUGCUUUUGUUCCUUGCACACAAAAACUGUUUUACAUCAACAAAUUUUCCUUCAUAAUUUUCUUCCAUUUUAAAAUGAAUUUAAAAUGUACAGUCUCAGACUUUGUAAUUUAGAAUUAACAUGCUGACCAAUUCCCUUGGCAUUGGCUGUUAUCCUUGGAUUUGAAGGAAAUUUUGCUGAUAUUAAUGUUUGUAAUACUUGGAACAAAAGUUGUCCACUUCACUUUAUGUGAUGGAUACAUAUGUACUGACUAAGUAAAGAGCUUUCAUUGCUAGGCAAAAUUAAAUUUUCUAAAAAUUAUUGGUUGCAAAGAGAGGUACAUGUUUAAGCUGACAUAUAAGAGAAGUUCUUAGAACAUCAUCAAAACAUAUUCUAUUUCUUGGACAUCAUAUAAUAAAAAGUUAAGUUUUACUUGUGAUUUUUAUUAUAUUUAAUGUGUUAAAGUUGUAGAAAAUCCUCCCUGCAGCUUAAUAUUGCAUACAUAAUUCUGAGAAACAAAAGUCGUAGUGACAUAUGAAACUAGUACUGAAACUGUUGGUAUAUUACCAAAUUGUGUUCAGUGCCAUAUAUAUGCUUCUCUUCAAUAUAAAAUGGUUUUCCUUCAAAUGUACUUUUGAUUUUAUGACUAAUAUGAUUUUGCACACAAAAGAACAUAAUAUACAUGAGGAGGUGUAAUAUUCUCGAUGCACUGGAGGAAUAAAAGGUGCAGUGAAGCCACCACCAUUUAAAACAAGUAUUUAUGAAAGAAUUGGAAAAUGAUUUCUCCAGUUUUGUAUGUUAAAAUACCAUUAAAUCAUUUACUUAUUAGUAUGUAUCAAAAUUUCAGUAUCAGUAAACCUAAUUACGUGAAUGACAUAGAGCAAUUGCCAUUUUGAGAAUGGAAAUAUUUUUGUUAAUUUGUAAUUGCCUUUGUUCCAUUUUAAUAUGUGUCAGCAAUAUUAGUGUUCACUAGUGAAGCAUUUUGUAUCUUCUGGGUGUUGCUAAAUCACUGAACAUGUGAGUAGCUCUUAGUAUACAACUUAGUACUGCUGAAGUCUUAUUCUUCAUCAAGGUGCCAACUUAAAAAGUGGAUAUUUAGAUAAAGUUCAAUAAAAUAAAGACAGCAUUAACACUUGAACUAGCAUUAAAAUAUAUUUUUAUUGGGGAGCUAUUUUUACAAUUGAUAAUAUGGGAAAUACUUAAAAUGUUACAGAGUGGUGACCAUUUACUUUCAGUGCAUACUUUACUAUAAAUGAAUAAAUUCCGCACUUCAUUUCCAACAUCCAUAAUGUCCAUACAUAUUGAAUUUGUCUUCCCAUCAAUAAUACAGAUGUAUCAACUACUGGGAAAUGACAUAAACACCACUGCUCAUUGUGAAUAAAAUACUAUUUUCUUCGAUUUAUUUAUAAUUUGAAGGCAGAUUCAGUAAUUUGCAGACAGGAUCGUAAUCAGCAAUGUAGCUCGCCAUAUGAUCAUAGUUUUUUUUUUUUUUCUAAAUCAAGGGAGCAAACUGGUGCAGAACACUGAAUUCCAUGUAAAUGGAAAAAGUUCUGAGGGGCGAAUGGCCCUCUCCUUCCCUAGUUCUUCCCACUGUGAUUAAUAUUCUUUAAUUCAGGGAACUUCAUUUGCAUGAACUGGCUUAUUUUAAACAUGACAAAGAAAAAACUUGUCAAGUGUUUAUUUUUGCUUAUUUUGAAAAUACAUUUUCAAAUUGUCUUUUCAGUUUUGGAGAUUCAUCAGUGCUCUUCGCUUAUAACCUGCUCAGUCUGUCAGAAUGUAAAAUAUUCCUUUUUCAUUGUUUGAAAGAAUGAACAGAUUGUUAGUGUUGUCAAAAUGUUCUUGUCUGUAAUAUCUGUUAGUUGCAAUAAUGGGUUAAUAACUUGGCUGUGAUAUUUGACUGUUUAUUCACAUAACUUUCAUGUACUGAAACUGUACAUUGUUACAGAAUUCCUAGUGUUUCAGUGUUUUGUUACUGGUGUCUUGUAAUAUAGUGAAAUGUUGAAGUUGCCUAACUUGGUAGCAACUUUCAAGUACUAAAAUGGGAAGUAAAUUCAAUUUGUAGUUUAUCAUACCAGCUUAAGAAAUGCACAAAACAUAUACAUAUUAUUCUUUGUGUGGAAAUUUGGGGAGGGGGAAUGAAGCAAAGAUGUGAUUAGUAUGUGGGCUGCUAUGUAAAGACACGAGAACAGGCAAAUAUCUAUGUAUAUAUAUAUAUGCCACUUGGGAAUCUUUUUUUUUUUAAGAAAAUUAUUAAUUUAAUGCAAGUUUUGUUCAAAACAUGGAAUUGUGUCCCAUGGGACUCCUGUAAACAAGAAAAAUACACAAAAAAAUAAACUAUUACUUAUAUGCAUGCAGCAUCAUAAA